UCGUAUCAUGUCUUCCGCUGGGCGUUGACGGUGACUUGUGUGGCGAGCGUUUUCACCCACUCGGCACUUACUAAGCGCGCGGUGCCGCUGAAUGCGAACCCACCUCGGAGGCUUCCGCCCAAGGUUUUCCCGCGGCGGAGGAUGGGGAACCCGGCUACGCCGCUCGGCGGCCGCAGCCCUUUCGACGGCAGGCGGAGGAGACGCGACAGCUGCGACGCCUCCCGGAGCUCCACGCCCUCGGUGUCGUCCGGGCGCAACCCCGUCAGCAUCGCUGCCAGGGCGAUUUCCUCGUGCUUCGGCUCGCCCGAGGCCAGAUCGCCUUCUCCGACGGACGACUCGGAGGACUUCAAGGCGCCUUAUGUCACCCCAUCUCUUAGCACCCAAGGAAGCUCCCAUGGGAGCUUACAAGGUAGCAGGCGGCGCAGCAUGGGAAUGCAUACCGAUGGCAGCAGCCACUCUAGACAUCAACCAGGAGCCAUGAGAUUGACCAUCACAGAGAUCAUGAUGGCAACAAAGAACUUCUCCCCUUCUUUGAUGAUUGGACAAGGUGGGUCUGGGACUGUGUACAAAGCGCAGCUUGCCGAUGGCACAGUGGUUGCAGUUAAGCGUGCCAAAAAGAAUGCCAACAACAGCCGUAUGGAUGCAGAAUUCCAGAAUGAGAUUCAGACAUUGGCAUGCAUUGAGCAUCUGAAUUUGGUAAGAUUGCAUGGGUUUUUGGAGCAUCAAGAUGAGAGACUUGUUGUUGUCGAGUAUGUUCCCAAUGGAACUCUUCGAGAACAUCUUGAUUGUCAGCGAGGAAAAAUUUUGGAACUUGCUACGCGGCUGGAAAUUGCAAUCGAUGUGGCUCAUGCUAUCACAUACCUUCAUAUGUAUUCAGAUAAUCCUAUAAUUCACAGGGAUAUUAAAUCCUCGAACAUCCUUCUCACGGAUAAUCUACGUGCUAAGGUUGCCGAUUUUGGGUUUGCUCGACUUUUUAUGGUGGAAUCUGAUGCCACCCAUGUUUCGACCCAAGUAAAAGGGACCGCAGGCUACCUAGAUCCAGAGUACUUAAGAACCUACCAACUUACAGUGAAGAGUGAUGUCUACUCAUUUGGGGUAUUGCUGGUGGAAUUAGUCUCUGGCAGGCGCCCUAUAGAACCCAGGAGGGAACUCAACGAACGUCUUACAGCAAAUUGGGCUAUGAAGAAAUUCAUGAAGGGGAGCGGGAUACAGACUCUAGAUCCAAACCUUCAGCCAAGCCUAGCAACAAAUUUUGUAGUCGAAAAGAUCCUUGAACUUGCCUUGUUGUGCUUGGCUCCGACCAAGAAGAGCCGGCCCAGCAUGCGGAGGUGUGCAGAAAUCUUAUGGACGGUACGCAAAGAUUACAGGGAGAUAUUAUCUUCAGAUCUUCACUUCCCGCCCUCUGGUCAGAGGAACCAUUAAAUGGAUCAUAUGUUUUAAUCAAAGAAGACCCAAUAUUUGUCAAAAUUACCUGAUAUGAUAUAGGGAAGCUAUAAAUUUCUGUUUGAGAUGCUGAAUACUAAUGUUUGUUGCAAGUAGAACAUAAUGAUACCAUUUUAAUUGUGGAAAACUGUAUUAUCAUUUUUAAGUGUAAUUGUGUUGAGUGGGAACUUUGUACAAUUUUAGUGCAUUAACACACAAGAUUGUCUUACACACAUUCAGAGGUUGAAUACAA